CUCUUGAGUAGAAGGGACACAUUUGGUCGGAGAGAUAUGAUGGAAGAAGACGAUAAAUAGAUAAAAGAUUUAAUUUUUAAAUCGAUUUCGUGUGUUUGAUCUCGUUUCUCAAAUCUUUGCUUCAAUGGUUUGUGUCCUAACGGUGGCAUACUCUUGUCAGAAAAAAAGCUAAUCUCUCUUUCAACCCCAGCUCGAAAGUUUGAUCCUUUAUUUCAUAAUUCUUGAAAUGAUGAUGAGAAAGAUUCCUACUUGGCCUUGGAGGCUAUUAGGUGGUAAAAAGGAGAAAGAGACCGAAGCUCUCAAGUUCCCUGCAAAGAUAAAUCGAGAGAAAGGAAGAGUUUUCAAGAGGAAGGAGAUGGGACUUGAGAGCUUUGGUUCGUCCGGCUCAGAAUCUGUGGCUCUUGCUUCUGCUGCUGGGGAUGGGCCUGAGUGGUCUGUUGGAUGGACUGAGCCACAUGGACCUGGUUUCCAAACCGAUGAAGAAGGAGAUGACGGUGGAUUUUUAGUGCUGGUUCCUUGUUACAGAGCUGUCUCUGAAGGCUCUGGUAAUAACCAGUUCUUGUCUGCUGUCAAGAAUCUUCCCAACGGGUUGUCUCCUGGUAUGAAUUAUUAUCUCUCUUGGGGGUUCAUAUAAAGGCUAAUGCUUGUUGUUUAGAGGUUUCUUUUUGUAUCUAUCGCCAUGUGCAAUGAUCUACAGAGUCUUUGCUAUUGAUGUCUCAACUUUUUGUCUUAAAAUCUAAAGUGCUCAAGUUCCGUUUUGUUUUAAUCAAAAAUGUGCAGAUGGGAAGAACUACAUGGAGCAAUGGCUUUCAUCUCUGCAGAACCUUUGACCAGGUCUCCUUUCUUUUGUAGUUAGUUAAGUAGUUUUAGUUCUCUAAUACCAUUUUGGUUACUACAUUAACCCUGAAAACUCAAAAAAAGAGAAAAAAAAAGAAAAAGAGGAAAAAAGAAGAAGCUCAAGUAGUUUUAUAGUUUAGAUUAAGAUGAUGGGUAUUGUUUAUAUUGAUCCUGGAAACGGAUUAAGCUCGAAAAAGGAAGAAAAAAAAAAGAGUUUAAAAAGAAUGUGUGGGAUUGGAAAAGCUAUGUAAGAAGAUGCAGCUUAAUGGUUCUUAUGAAGAUGAUGCAAGUGGUUACAUUGAUUAAUGAAAGAGGAUGGAGAACAAUUAACAUUGAUCCCAGGAAAGGAAUAGGGUUUUAUAUCAAGAUGAUGGAAUUGGUGGUAUGGAAGAGGAUUUGAUUACUCAUCCUGAGUUGGAAAAUUCAUGUAAAAAGACUUCAAAGUAAAUAUACAAAAAAAAAAGAGUGAUGUAUAUACUCUAUUGGUCCUGUAUCAUAUAACUCAUGCAGAUUGUAUGUAAUUUGUUAACUACCACUAAUCUUUUUGUACAUAGAAACAGUAAUGCCAUUGUAAUUCUCUAUAGACAUUUUCUGUAUAUACAUUGAU